AUGGUAAUGAUGUUAGAAUUCCAAUUAAAAGGUACGAAAACGGGUAACCGGUUGAACGAGUACGUCCUUCACUACGAGACGCUGGAUUACGAUGCGGACGCGGUUGCAGCCCAACACAGUCGAAAUAGACGAAGUGUAGUCGGAGGAGAAGAAGAAUCGUAUCUUCGGCUCCACUUUCGCAGUCACGGGAAACCAUUUCGUUUAAAAUUGAAAAGGGAUACAUCGUCGUUCAGUUCUGACGUCCAAUUUGUGUCUCAUAAAGGCCAUCCGCUGGACGUCGAUACCUCGCACCUCUACGAAGGGCAUCUCCAAGGCGAACCAAAAAGCAUGGUCUAUGGAUCGAUCAUUGAUGGUAUCUUCGAUGGCAAAAUCCACAGCCAAGAUGGCGUCUUCUACGUUGAAAAGGCCACCAAAUACUUUCCUGACAACAGCACAACUGCCAAGUUUCAUCGUCGCAAUCCAUUUCACUCUAUCAUCUACAAGGAAGCGCACGUCGUCGAUCCUUAUGAACAACAUCGCACAGGACAUGUGGGCGGUUGCGGUGUGACCGAUGAGGUGGCCGCCUGGAUGGACGACAUUCAGCACGGAGCAACUGACGAGGAAAAAGAAGACGAGAAAACCAACGAGAUCAAUACGAAAGACCGAAUCGUCGAGCUUGAAGAGAGUCUGCACAAGAGAGACCAUCAAAAUGGAUGGAAAACGGCCCAUCCUCGAUCAUCGGCCUGGUGGUACAAGUAUAGCCAUCAGGCCAACCAGCCGGAUGCAGAUCCAUCUGAUGGGGGACGGCGAGACAGGCGCUCAACUGUCAAAAACAACGUCAGCAGGACGACGUGCUCGCUUUUUAUUCAGACGGAUCCGCUGCUGUGGAGGCAUUUUUACGAAGCGGAGAAACGUAACGCAGACAACACGCGUAAAGAGAUCACGUCACUGAUCGCCCAGCACGUCAAGGCAGUCAAUGCAAUUUACAUGGAGACUAAAUUUGAUGGAAAAUUUCCCCACCGCAUGACUCGAUUCGAAGUUCAACGGAUCAAAAUAGAUGACGACGAGGCCUGUCAGCCUAACUACAUUGGAGAGGAAAACAAAUUUUGUUUGCCCAACAUUGACGUCUCCAACUUUCUUAAUCUUCACUCGCAAGGCAAUCACGAAGAUUUCUGUUUGGCUUACGUUUUCACAUACCGUGAUUUCACUGGUGGAACUUUGGGUCUCGCUUGGGUUGCUUCACCCUCUGGCGCUUCCGGUGGCAUCUGUGAACGUUACAAAGUCUACACGGAGAACAUGUCUGGCUACCCGCGAACCACCAAACGAAGUCUCAACACAGGCAUCAUCACCUUUGUCAACUACAAUAGUCGCGUUCCGCCGAAAGUCUCGCAACUCACACUAGCUCACGAGAUUGGACACAAUUUCGGUUCGCCUCACGAUUAUCCUAGCCAUUGUCGUCCUGGAGGUCAAAAUGGUAAUUACAUUAUGUUCGCAUCGGCCACUAGCGGCGAACGGCCAAACAAUUCCCGUUUUUCCAAUUGCAGCGUGGGCAACAUCUCGUCCGUUCUAGAUGCUAUCGAGGAAGGCAAAAAGAAGAAUUGCUUCACGGAUUGGAAGGGUGCUUUCUGCGGUAACAAGAUUGUUGAAGAUGGCGAAGAAUGUGAUUGUGGCUAUGACGACGAAGAAUGCGAAGAAAAGUGUUGUUAUCCUCGCGUUGUCAGCGAACCAGAUAGAGCCCUCAAUCCAGCUGCUCAAGGAUGCAAACGUCGACCGAGAACGCAAUGCAGUCCGAGCCAAGGCCAGUGCUGCGACCGCAGUUGUAACUUUGUUCCGGUUACUUCACACCAGCAAUGCAAAGAGGAUGGCGAAUGUAACGGAAAGGCCUUUUGCAAUGGGCUGUCUGCCAAAUGUCCUCCGCCGCCUAAUAAUCCUGACGGAACCGAAUGCAAUGGCAAUACACAGGUAUGUCAAAGCGGUGAAUGUUCUGGAUCCAUCUGCUCCAAGUUUGGCAUGAAGGAAUGCUUCCUCACGUCGAACGUCAUAGACGACAAACGCAAACUCUGCGAAUUAGCCUGUCAAAUUGGCAACGAUAACACGACGUGUAAAGGCACCUCUGAACUGUCUUCCAUCACGAAGUUGCCUAUUGGCAUUUCUUUACGUCCAGGAUCUCCUUGCGACAACUACCAGGGUUACUGUGAUGUCUUUCUCAAGUGCCGUGCGGUGGAUGCCGAAGGUCCUUUGGCUCGAUUGAAGAACUUGCUCUUCAAUCGUGAAACGCUACUCACCAUAGCUCAAUGGAUAACGGAAUAUUGGUGGGCUGUCUUGCUUAUGGGUGUAGCCUUUGUCCUCUUUAUGGGUGUCUUCAUCAAGUGCUGCGCGGUUCACACCCCGUCGUCAAACCCGAAGAAACAGCCUGCCUUGAGUAUCACGCAUACUCUGCGACAUCCGUACAGCACAUUGCGACGGAAGCGGCAUCAGCAUCCACAGCAGCAGCAGCAACAACAACAACAUGCAAACCCGUCAGCUCCGUACAUUGCUGCUCCUAAUCCAGCAGCUGGUUCUCACGGUGAACCAAGAAAUCAGUAUAAUCGACCCAAAGGCGGUCCAGCAAGUGGAUGGGGUCAUAGAGCCGAAUCAUCUCCGUAUGCUUACUCAGGGGGCCAAGGGGGCCGGGCCAAUGCUUACGAAAUGAACGUGCGACAACAGCGGGUGUGACAAGUUUGAUUCACUAUUAAAUGGUCAUUAGUAUUUUCUUUCGACCUCCCCCCUAUUCUCGUUUUUGUUUUGUCCUUCCUCAGACGAGAAGGCUGUUCUCAUUUCUCGGAUGACUCGUAUUCUCUAUACAUUUAAUUAUUAGAUCGUCAUGUCCUUCCAUCCACCAACUCAAUCCCUGAUAGACAUUGAAUAGUGUAUAGCUGCCUAAAUUGAACAAAUCAUUUACAGAACAGAAAAUGAUCCAAAACAGUCGAUUCGCAGGUACCGUCCCUUUCCCGAUCACCCCUCCCUCCCAUAAUAGGAAGAAUAACCCUCCUUUUUUUGACGGACCAAUUUUUCUCGUUCUCUUUAUAAAAAAAAAGAAGAAGAAUUUACAUCUCGUCCUUUGCAGGAAUAUCAUUUGCGUAUUAUCAUCGGUCUUUGAUGUGUUGUUGAACGCACCGGAAUCCGCAGACAAACGUGUGUUGAUUUUUUUAAUCAACACGCGUCACAACAAUUGCUGCUUUCCCACCCAGUGCGGUUCUACCUACUUGUCUCUGUAUAAGUUAUACAGUAUACAUAUUUCCGAAAUGGAUUCGAUGGCGUCGUCGUUUUUAACCCUCCACUCUCCCCCUUUCCCCGCAAAGCCACAAGUGACCUUUUGAAAACACGAAAAGUAGAAGUAUUACCAUUACGUUUCUAGGAAUCCUUCGUUGUCAUUAAAAUUCAUCAACACUUUAAAAUGGAGGGACUUUCCGUGAAGAAUAUUAACGUCACGCAGGUCAAUUUGUCACAGAAAAAUAUGGAGAUCAGAAACAAUUUGUAGUUCUCAGAGUAUUUGAAGCCUGGCACGCCAACAUGUCAAUGUAUCACCAAUUCUAUUUCGUUUUCCCGUUGGAGAUUUUUGUUUUCGUACAUGCACAUCGUAUAGGAAGUGCUGGGUGUCGUUUGUGCUCGAUAGUUUGAUCCCAUUAUUCGCCUCCGAUCAUCUUAUCUCUUUCUCUCUACAACUGUAUAUAGUGUGAAUGAUUUAUCAGCUGUUUUAAAAGGAGUGAAAAAGAAAAACAUGCUCGUUCCUCUUUGCCAUUUUUAAAUACGUGUUGUCAGUGUAGCUUGUUGCAUCAUUAAAUUCCGAUUGCAGAAAAGAACAAUCUCGCCGUCUGUUUCUGAUCACACCCUGACUUCAGAAUUUGAGUUCUUGCAUCCCCGAACAAUAGCUUUUUCCUCCUUCAGCUUGCCAUUUUUUCUUCCAUUUUAUUUCUCCGAUAAGGCGAUAAUCGACACAAAGAUUGCGUAUUCGGUGCCACUCUGCCACCAACACCACUACUACCCCCUCCAUCAACUUGUCUUUCAUUCGUCCUUGUUAUUAUUAAACAAAACAAACAAAAAAAGAAACUAGAUGUGCUGGAAGAACAAUACAACUGUGUUCCCUUACAAA